AUGAGCAAAGAGUGCAACAAGUUAGACCUCAAAGACUCUGCUACACCAUUCUUCGUCCAUAACAUUAGGUUCGAAGUCCCACUCCGUUUCAUCAUGUACACCGCCAAAUUUCCCGAAAGAGAAUCAUAUCGGAGUUUCUAUGGUAAAUCUCAAUGGAAAAUGCAUGUCAAAGCGUAUUUGGCCGACGAAAGGCUCAUCAGUGAAGUUAAAAGGAAUCUCAACGAAAAAGGACGGAAGGAUUUUGCUGAGAUUAUUAAAGGAGCGAUUAGAGAUUUCGCCAACGACGCCGGAACAGCGAGAUUGGCAAACCGAUUCCUGCGUUCAACCCGAUAA